GAUACCUUCGACGUGACUCCAGUACGAUCUCGACCUGUUCUCGCACCGCGAGUACCAGCCGUCACAGCACUCGCCGCAGAGAGAAGAGCCCCCAAUCGACGCAAGAAGCUCAAAUGGCGGACGCGCGAUUCCAGGCUUCGCAGCUCUAUAACUUGGAGCUGGACGUCAUGCAUCUUCAACAGGAGAUCCAACGCUUGGCAGAGUAUCAGCAUAUUCUUGACGCCCGCACUUUCAAUCGUCGUGAUGCGCUGGAUGGCUACUACGUCAAGACAGUGCAAGAGUACCACCGUGUAUUUGAGAACGGCUAUCGUCCAGGCUCCCCGCUUGAUGCGACUCAGUACGUUAUGCAAACUAUGGACGAGAACCUGAGUAUCGGUGGGUUUGGCGGACGUGGCGUGAUGCUGCAUCAGUGGGAAGAAUACACAAAGGCGCUCUCCGGCCUCGAAUUUCACUACCUGCGCUCUCAAGUCCUCUCGAUGGAAGGGCACACGGUCGUCACGUCCUAUGCCAGCUACAAACACAUCGUAACACGAGACACGGUGGAGGUCAUGUUUCCUGAAGCACUACGACAAUAUCCACGCAUUGUGACCAAGUUGUUGGGGCGUGUGUUCAAAGGCGUCGGCAAGUUUGACUUCGUCUUUGACACGCAGACGCACAACAUUAUCUCGUUUGACUUCGAACUAGACUUCCUCGAAGAGUUUUCUCGUUUGCUUCAGGACCCGCGCGAUCUUUGUGCCAUUUUCAAAGGAGCAAGGAUCACCGAGGAAUGUCUGAUUGGGGACGUUACCGGCUACGGGGAGGUCACGUCGAGUCCAAACGCUGUGAGACACGGGACAAGAGCGCGUGUGUUCAGCGUCAACUUCGCUGUUGCGACGUCCAUGUAA